AUGUCUUCCACCGAGAAUACUGUGGCUGGCAAUGAGGACCGAGACAAGGAGACCAGCAUCACCAAGCCCAACGAAGGCACGCGUGGAGGUUUACUCGACACCGAUGACGAUAUCACCGUGGACGAAGAGCUUGCCGAGGAUCAAGAAAUGGAAGACAGCUACGUAUUCGUCGAAGCUGACUAUCACUCCUACAGCGAUGUCGAAUCUUCUGUCCCCGAAGGCUCGAGUUCUGACUGUGAGCUCUCAGAGCGUGAAGAAGAGGGCGAUCCAGACCCCAAACAUGAAGCUGACAGAAUGGAAGAGCAGAACGGUGGUGUGAGGAAGGGAUUUGUCAAGAAAACUGCGGACAAGACUUCCGCUGCUGAAGGUAGUGGCGGCAAGGAUAAUGGAGAAGACCUGCCAGAUAUCGUGAAGGAGGAGCGGGAGGCAUGA